UGUCACCCGGAAGUUGCCGGGACGGUCGGGUUGUGUCAGCGCUCCCUAAGAUGGCGGGGGUGUUUGAGGUGGAGGUUGACGGCGUAGAACACGACCACGGACACGGGCACGUCGACGAACACCCUCAGGUUGACCUCUCACAGCUUUCACCAGAGGAUAAGUGGAGGCUGGAACAUGCCAGGAUGCACGCCAAACACAAAGGGCAUGAAGCCAUGCACGCUGAGAUGGUGCUCAUCCUCAUCGUCACGCUCGUCAUCGCCCAGCUCGUCCUGGUGCAGUGGAAACAGCGUCAUGCCAGAUCCUACAACUUGGUGACCCUGUUUCAGAUGUGGGUGGUGCCUCUUUACUUCACCACAAAGCUACACUGGUGGCGAUUCUUGGUGACGUGGUCCAUCUUCUCCAUCGUCACUGCUUUCAUCACGUUCCGUGCCACACGCAAACCAUUGGAAUGCACCACACCAAGAUUGGUUUACAAAUGGUUUUUCCUCUUGUACAAGAUCAGCUACACGACAGGCAUCGUGGGCUACAGUGUAGUCAUGUUCACACUCUUUGGCAUCAAUUUGAUAUUUAGGAUAAAGCCAGAAGAUUCCAUGGAUUUUGGCGUUUCCAUGCUCUUUUAUGGACUCUAUUACGGCGUCCUGGGCAGGGAUUUUGCAGAGAUGUGUGCAGACUUCAUGGCUUCCACAAUAGGAUAUUACAGCGCAUCCGGAAUGCCCACUAAACACCUCUCGGACAGCAUCUGCGCCGUGUGCGGUCAGCCCAUCCUGGUGAGCGUGGACGAAGAAGGGAUCAUGGAGAACACCUACAGACUCUCCUGCAACCAUGUAUUUCAUGAGUUCUGCAUACGAGGCUGGUGCAUUGUGGGUAAGAAACAGACAUGCCCAUACUGCAAAGAAAAGGUGGACUUGAAGAGGAUGUUCAGUAAUCCAUGGGAGAGGCCUCACGUCAUGUACGGACAAUUACUGGACUGGCUCCGCUAUCUCGUAGCCUGGCAGCCGGUCAUAAUCGGACUAGUGCAGGGGAUCAACUACAUCCUGGGUCUAGAGUAACGGCGACACCCAUCCCCAAGCGAGAGAGAGAGAGAAAGAGACUAUAGUCUGUUGUGGGGUUAAUCGGACACUGGGACUGGAACUUUAAUCACCAAAAGUGUGUAAUGUACUGUAUAUUGGCACACACACUGUGCAUCUGUGUAUUUAAAGGAGGAAAAAAAAAGAAAUCUAAUAGAGGUCUGGCUUUGUUUUUGAAA